AAAAGAAGCAAACUGUCGAAACAGAAGUAUAAAUCACGAUUAUGGCACUGCUAUCCAAUGGUGCUUCUUCGAUGCAGAUAACAGCACAGGCGGCCAACGGUGGUCCGAACGGUGGUGGCCCCGAUGGCGCAGGAGACUUCAACUCCAACGAUCAUAUCUUCUUUUCAAGUCUAUUUAACGCGUUGCCGUGCUGGGAUGCACCUCACAAAACGAGCUCGGGACCGGUUAUGGUUCCACAAAGCAAUAACAACACUUCGCUGGAUCGUGAUAGCAUAAGUAUUACGGAGGAUAUAUUAUUCACCAAUGUUUUGGGUGCAAUCGGUACGGGCAGUAGCAGUAGCGGCAGUGGAAGUGGCGUACCGCUUGGAAUGGGCCAUGUCGGUAUCAUCGGUUCAUCAUCCAAUGGUCCAAACAGUGGCGGGCACCUCGCACAUAUGGCAACCGCUUCGAAUGAACUUUUCGGUGUAAUAGGGUCCACAAGUACGAGCCAUACCCAGCUUACCCCGGGUACUUCACCACAAACCAACUCAUCCAACGGCAGCCAUUGUCCCUCGUCCGUAGGAGCCAUCUGUGGGCGAUGUGACACACAUGCCUCAAGUCGCUGCCUUGAUUGCAACGAUGUGUUGUGUGAGGACUGUACACUGCUGCACGCAAAGAAUGCCUUUACGAAGGAUCACUGCAUGAUUUCGAUCAAUACAAUCUCACCUAUCGGUUCGGCACCGUGCAUGAUGCAAGGAAACGGCCUUGCUAGUAGUAACGGUGGCGGAUCCUCAAAUGGACCCAUUUCAGGAGUCGCAUUGUCCGAACCACAUUGUGAUGUACAUGGGGAAGUUUUGCGCUACCUUUGCGAAUCCUGCAAGAAGGUCGUUUGUCAAGAGUGCACCCUUUGGGACCACAAGGAUCAUUCGUGCAUUCCGGUGGCAAACAUUUCGCACGGUGCGUCUGAAAAGAUCAUGUCGAUUCUGGAAAGUGGGAAGUUGGGUACCAAAUACAUCAAAGCCAGUAUUGAUCGUGCCGUCACGUAUUCUCAAGCCGUGGAAAGGGAUGCAAUGGAAGCGUCGGCUCGCAUACGUAAAGCGAUGCGCCACUUUAUUCUAGCCGCAGAAGAUCGCGAACGCACACUGCUGGACCGGGUGGACAAAUUUCGUCAACAGAAGCUAACUUCCCUGUCCGAUCAGAUGGCUGGUUUACGUGCCGCCCUGGCAGGGUUAUCUCAGACGUCCGAUAUGCUAACGAAGGCCCUGGACUCCGUAUCGGUGAUGGGCAGCAUGGAGAUUGCGAAGACGCUCACAACGGGCGAAAGCCAGAUGGAACAAUUUGCGGCUAUGUAUAAGAAUUUGCAGCCGAAGGAAGAAUUUAUCACAUUCGUGGCUCCAAACUUUGAGCUGCUGCAGGAAAUUAGAAUGCAGGGUGAUGUGAUGCUGGUUGGUCAACGCAGUAACUCCGUGUCGUCGAAUAGCUCUGGCAAUGCGAGUAUACAGGGUCAGACGGGACCGAAUUGCGGGGGUGGUAUUAAUGCGAACAAUGGUGUCGGUGGAGUAGGUGUAGUGGGAUCGAUCGGAAACAUUCUAACACGGCGCCCAAUUGUUCGCAGUACCACACCAGCGCAACGCAUCGGAUCAUCAACGUGGGAACCGAUGGGGAAAGGACCCGGUGGUGGUUCAUCCGUUCUAGGGUCCUCUCCGACGUCCUUCGGUAUCGGUCCAAUCCCUGGGGCUCCGAUACUCGGGCAGUGCAUUCCUGGUUGCAACAAUCAUGUAGCAGCUAAGUCAGCCGUUGGUCCUAGCCUCACGUUCGGUUUCGAUGGUCAUGAGGAUGGACAGGUAUCGCGUCCUUGGGGUAUCACCGUUGACAAAGACGGACAGAUACUAGUAGCUGAUCGGCGCAAUAAUCGUGUGCAAAUUUUCUACCCCGAUGGUAUGUUUAAGCUAAAGUUCGGCUCAAAGGGUACGGCAAAUGGUCAGUUUGAUCUGCCUGCGGGUAUCUGUACGGACGGACAGGGACGCAUCAUUGUGGUCGAUAAGGACAACCAUCGAGUGCAGGUAUUUUCGGCUGGUGGACUGUUUCUCCUCAAGUUCGGCAGCUACGGGAAGGAAUGUGGCCAGUUCCAGUAUCCGUGGGAUGUAGCAGUGAAUACAAAGGGUGAAAUUUUAGUGACAGACUCGCGGAACCAUCGGAUUCAGCUGUUUAGCCCUGAUGGUCUAUUCAUUUCGCGCUACAGCUUCGAUGGGGUGAAUCACAGCCGAUAUUUGAAAGGCCUGACGACUCCGCGUGGGGCUUGCUUCACACCGCAAGGAGAUAUCAUCAUUUCAGACUUUGAAAACCAUCGUCUGCUGCUAAUCGAUGCAACACUUUCAAAGGUACUUGCUGCAAAAGGACACGAAGGUUCAGCAGUACACGAGUUUAGUCGACCAUCGGGCAUUUGCUGUGAUGAUGAUGGACGGGUGAUUGUUGCUGAUUCUAAAAAUCAACGAGUACUGGUGUUUUCACCUCAGUUAGAGUUUCUCUGGGCGGUGGAAAUACGUCCAUCGUCGAAUGGUUUACUAGCUAUUGGCAUGGACGAAAAAGAUCGUCCCAGCGACGUCGCGUUGUUGCCAGAUGGUCGUCUUGUAGUCAUGGUUGAAACAUCACCGGAUGCACGUGAUCAGUGUAGUCCGCAAAAAACAUUCAUUCAAAUUUACUAA